AAUCGUCCGUUCCGCUUUUCAAAGUCUAACCGAGCACAGCUACGAGUCUAGUUGGCGCGGGAGGGCUGAGGUGGGUUUUACAGAGGUUUUAGGGCUUAAGGGAAAACUCGGUCCGAAACAAUGGCUGCUUCUGUUGCGGGAAGAUCCGCAUUUCUACGAAUAGUAUCUAGAACGAAAAUGACAAACUCAAGAACGACUGUAACAAGAUUCUCGAUGUCCCAGUCUCGAAUUUCUCCGACUGGAUCUUCUUUCUCAAGGUUCCUCCGACGGGAAUUGAGCACGCUUCUUCCCGUCCACAGUGCAAUUGCGUCUGCCUGCCUCGUUUCCAAGCUUCCGUCCGAACUGAGCGCGUCCAUUGAAGGUAACUUUUCUUUUCUCUCUAUAGUUUCGACAUUGGAGAGCAUGCAUUUGAAGGUUGAGGAAGUUUCUCGCAAAAUUUUGGGUUUCUUAAGAAUUUUGGAGUUUUUAAUUAAUUGUUAUUGGAUGUUCUGUUAUUUAAGGGCCAUUGACCCAACUGUAAGGUUUUUAUAGCUGAACCUGAAAAAUUAUGGAAAUAGCCUUUCCAAAUGUGGAGGUAAGCCUGUAGACGUCAUGCGCUUCCCAACAUGGCGUGGGAUUCUUGCACAUUGGGUGUUGCACUGUUAUGGUGUUAUUUUAUUUACUCUUGCAUUAUUUUUGGAUGCAAUAUGCUUGGAUAUGAAAUUGAGUGCAUUUAUACAGGAUGU